UGGGACAACUGCUCACUUCCUGUUUGUACCGAACUCCAGCAGCAGACACAAGCUCGUCUCAGCUCUGACAGGUACAGCCGCGAGCACAUGAGCAGCCUUGUGGUCAGCAGGAGGCAGAAAUCAGAGAGUGAUGGAGGGCGGAGUCUCAUUGAGGACUCAGCCACCAGUGGGGAUCGUCUCUUGGACCAACAUGCAUCCACACCGGGGUUCGUCUACGUGUUGGCCUUCUUCUCUGCCCUUGGAGGAUUCCUCUUUGGGUACGACACCGGGGUGGUUUCUGGGGCCAUGCUGCUCCUGAAGAAGGAGAUGAACCUGAGCGCCCUCUGGCAGGAGCUGCUGAUUUCCAGUACCGUGGGGGCCGCAGCAGUGUCCGCCCUAUGCGGUGGCUUCCUGAACGGCUUGCUGGGGCGCAAGGUUUGCAUCCUGAUGUCCAGUUUCAUCUUCACCAUCGGCGGCAUCAUUUUGAGCUGUGCCCCAGACAAGGUGGUCCUGCUUGUCGGCAGAAUCACUGUUGGUUUGGGCAUAGGUAUUGCUUCAAUGACAGUUCCUGUGUACAUAGCUGAAGUUUCCCCUCCACACCUAAGAGGUCAGCUGGUCACCAUCAACUCCCUCUUCAUCACUGGUGGCCAGUUCAUUGCCAGCGUGGUGGAUGGAGCUUUCAGCUACCUGAGACAUGAUGGCUGGAGGUUCAUGUUGGGUCUGUCCAUUGUUCCAGCAGUGCUGCAGUUCGUCGGCUUCUUCUUCCUCCCGGAGAGCCCUCGAUGGCUUCUCCAAAAGGGCCGGAGCCAGGAGGCUCUUCAAGCUCUGAGUAAGAUAAGAGGAGGCCAGAACGUUGAGGAAGAGUACGACACCAUCAGAACAAGCAUCGAGGAAGAGGAGAAAGAGGCUGGUGGAGGAGGUUUUGUUAUUUUGCGGAUCAUUAGCCAUGGUCCGACUCGCAGGGCUCUCUUCGUUGGCUGUGGCCUCCAGAUGUUUCAGCAGCUGUCUGGGAUUAACACUGUCAUGUACUAUAGUGCAACCAUUCUGCAGAUGGGGGGGGUGCGGGACGAUAAACAGGCGAUCUGGUUAGCUGCUGCAACGUCUGCUACCAACUUCGUGUUCACACUGCUUGGAGUCUGGCUUGUAGAGCGAGUGGGUCGCCGGAAGCUGACCCUGGGCAGUCUUUUAGGUACUGGUCUGAGUCUCACUGUGUUGGCAGUUGGGUUCUUGCUAUCUGCCCAGAACUCCCCGCCCGUCACCCUGCACCCAGCUGAAGCUCAGAACUCCACCUGCAGACAAUAUGGGUUCUGUGAAUUCUGCAUGUUGGAUCCCAGCUGUGGAUUUUGUUACCGUGACAAUGGAACCGACGUGUACAAUUCCUCCUGCAUUCCUGUUAACCAAGCAUCCACAGAUCAUGCAGCGUGGGGAAGUUGUUCCAACCAGACGGGGGCAAAUGACAGUUCACUAUGGGCGUACAACUACUGUCCCACAUCCUACUCCUGGAUCGUCCUGUUGGGGCUCAUUCUCUACCUUGCGUUCUUUGCACCAGGUAUGGGCCCGAUGCCUUGGACAGUGAACUCUGAGAUCUACCCACUGUGGGCUCGCAGCACCGGGAAUGCCUGUUCAGCUGGGGUCAACUGGAUCUUUAACGUACUGGUGUCUCUGACCUUCCUUCACAUCGCUCAGUUUCUAACCUAUUAUGGGGCAUUCUUUCUGUACGCAGGCCUGGUGGUGCUGGGGCUCCUCUUCGUUCAGGGCUGCCUCCCGGAGACCCAGGGCCGGCAGCUGGAGGACAUUGAGAACUUGUUCACCGGUCCGCUCUGCUCCUGUGGAGACUCCUCACACGUCGGCAGUCGCCACGUGCAGUACAUCCGGGUAAAAGGCAGCAACGUCCUCCUCUCUGACAAUGAAGCCUCAGAUGUAGAGUAGACUGGGAAGACUGUCCUCUCUGGCUUUGGGUGUUCCUGUCUUGGAAAGACUGCUCAUGUGGGGAUGGGAGGAAAGGUAACUUUGCUCUCUGGUAGCUGCAAUCAACCCUUAGCCAAAACAAAGGCUUGAACUCUCAAACGAAUGACCACAUCUGGUGCUUUUCUUUUCUCUGGAGACUCAUAAGUUGCCUCUGUUGUUUCUUUCAGAGUUUUUCUGUGGUUCAUUCUCCUCAUUUCCCACCGUUUCCUCUGUCAUCAUUAAGAGUAACACUGAAGUAGUGUUCAUAUGAGAUAAUUAUUAUCCAGGGAAAGUUACAGUUACAGUUCAGACUAUAGGAUUUGGACACAGAGAUUUAAUGUAUUUGUUUGAAUACGAGCACACAGACCUAUUGAUAAUUCACAUUUUGAUUCUGAAUGUCCUGAAGCACAGGGCCUGAACAACAAAAAUAUGUUACUGUCCAAAUACUUAAGUCUGGGUUUGUGUUUAAGAAAAUGAAAACUGAAAACAUGAAUACUGUUUUCAACCAAAUUUAAGCACAUGAACUUUAAGGAAUGAUAUAAUUUUUUCCAGCAAGUAGCAUUUUCCUUUCUUCAGUCUGUUCAGAAACCAAAUAACCUGGUUGCUGACUCACCUUUUCCUCAGCCUUUCCUAAUGUCAAGACAAUCUAACUUCCAGAAGAAGAACACUUUACAUGAUUUUAGUUAGAUCAUUUCGUCUUUUGAAAGCACCAGCAUACCAGCAAUGAUGUGUUUGAAUACCAGCACACAGACCUAUUGAUAAUUCACAUUUUGAUUCUGAAUGUCCUGAAGCACAGAGCCUGAACAACAAAAAUAUGUUACUGUCCAAAUACUUAAGUCUGGGUUUGUGUUUAAGAAAAUGAAAACUGAAAACAUGAAUACUGUUUUCAACCAAAUUUAAGCACAUGAACUUUAAGGAAUGAUAUAAUUUUUUCCAGCAAGUAGCAUUUUCCUUUCUUCAGUCUGUUCAGAAACCAAAUAACCUGGUUGCUGACUCACCUUUUCCUCAGCCUUUCCUAAUGUCAAGACAAUCUAACUUCCAGAAGAAGAACACUUUACAUGAUUUCAGUUAGAUCAUUUCGUCUUUUGAAAGCACCAGCAUACCAGCAAUGAUGUGUUUGAAUACCAGCCUCAUAAUAUGUAGUUAUAGAUUCAUAAAAUAUAAAACCUUAUGAACAUUUUAUAUCUUAUUUGUUGAAAUCCUCUUCAUAUUCCGAUAACCAUUGAUUAAUAAAAUUGUCUUUAAAAAAAAUGGAAAAAGGUCCUUGUGAGAAUUACAACCAGUUAUUUAAUUCAGACCAAUUUAGAUGAAUUGCUGGCGUUCCCUAUAAUUUCCCUAUAAAAGCUUUGCUGGUGUGGCUGAAUCCGGUGAUUGGUGGUUGCUAAUGUUGUAUACACAGUGUGAGAGUUUGCACUUUAUGAACCAAAAAGGUGUGUUUUUACAUUUUUUUAAUAUAUUUUUGUAUGUCAGAAUAUAAGAAUGAGUUGCCUAAAUCUUUGAUUUUCUAGCAAGGUUCGGAAAGCAGCUCGGCACAGUAUGGAGCAGUGGGGUCAGACAGUGCCAUAGCCUAUAUAACUGUGA